AUGACCAUUGUUCGGGAUCACGACUUAAUCAAGCACUGGGUUGAGGACCAAGUUCUCCCCAAGAAGCGGGCGGUUGCUGGCAUUUUGAAGCGGAGUGGCCUGAAGUAUGCAGACCACAAGAGCACAGGGCCUUUGCGACCCACACGGACCAGCCAAGAGUCUAUGCAGAACAAAGCCAAGCGGGUGAAGAAAGCUGCCACAAGAAAGCUGCGCAAGGUUUCUGGCUGGAACAUCUUCCAGAGAGAGAAGUUGAAGGGAUUAGCGACAUCCUUGGAGCCCUCGGCGUACAAGGCCCAAGUCAAAGCUCUCUCUCGAGAAUGGAAGAACGCUGCGCAGGAGGACCGGGCGGCUUAUGUGGUGCAAGCAGAGUAUGAACACAGUAUUCGGGAAAAGCUUGUGGACAAGCCCUUGCCUGCAAAGGGGCAGGCUCCUCUCAAAGAGGAAGCAGUGGUGGGAAGUCGCGCCCUCCAAAAGCUGGCAGUGUGCCGACUCAUCAACAACUACAAAAUUGCCGAGUCACAUCCAAUUUGGACUUCAGAUGCAACUAUGGGAUGCAGCAUGUGCGCUUUGAAGCCGGAGAUGCUGGAUACUGUGAAGAGCGACGAGGAAUGCUGCGCCUUUCUGAGAGAAGCUUUGCACGCGCCAUUCAAACCACUACUUUCUGAAGGCGCAGUUUUGGAGGUUCCAGAGCCUCCAUGCCACCUUCAGCACGGUAUGUGCAUUUGUUCAGACUUCUUUCCAACGGCAAGACAGUUUGUGGUAGCUUUCCAUUCAGCAUUGGUUGGCAACUCUGUCAAGACAGGUGACUUGCUUCACAUCAUUGCAGGUGAUUGCGGGGAAUCCCAUUUGGUAUUCCUUGGUGCCAUUCUUCGAAGACCAACGUGCCACGUUCUUCUUCACACCAUGCUGCAAGAUGACAUGCUUUGCCACUUUCCAGAACCGUGCUUUCCAGUUGCAAGCACUUCGCUUCAGCUGUUUCACCAAAUGCUAGCAAGCCAGGCUACCAGUGGGUUUGGCCCUGCCUUUCAGCAGGUGCAGGUAGAAGUCCUGAAGUAUGACUUGUCUGUGUCACUUGAAAGAAAGGUAUUGUGCAUCGACCCUGGAAAUGUGUCCAAAACAUUUAUUGUCAACAUCAACGCUCCUUCCGUGCCCAGAAAGCCACGUGCAAAGCUGCCCUUUGGGCUUGCCAUGCCAAAAACGAAAAUCACGAAACAAAGGACGACCAUCAAGGUCAAAAGGAGUGGGGCAGGAGCAAAAGCAAAAUCAAAAGGGGCAGGGAAAGGGAAGAAAACACAUCGGAAGGCAACGGGAGUUGAGGACAAGCUUGAGGUUGAUGCUGAAAGCUGUGAAAGCACUGAAAGCGAUUCAGAUUCAGUUUCGAGCUCAACCACCACUCAGACUCAGGCGAGUCAGGAGUCCAAGGCAAAGGUGAGUGUAAAAGGAGGCAAGUGCGCCAAGGACAGCAGAGAAAUCGAAGUAGACGUUGUUAUGCCUGCUUCAAACCAAGCCGGGGAGGAGGAGAAAACUGCAAGAGCUUUGAUUGCAGAGCAAGAGAUUGCAACAGCAACGUUCUUGCAAAAUCAUGAAACGCAACAAAGGUCAGGAAUGUCAGGCGGGACAUACUUUUCGCAGGAGAUCGGUCUCGACCAGGGUGCCAUAGCAGUGUCUGGCCGCAGUAAAUGCUGGUUUUGCAAAGCAGCAAUCCCGAAGGAUACUGUGAGGUUCUCCUACUUUCAUUCCCGCACUAGACCUUCAAACUGGUUGCAUUCCGCAUGCGUUGCUGCCACUGUUCGAAAAGAGCAGUGUGUGGAGCACGCCAAACACCGUUUGGAAUUGCUACUGGCCAAGCCAACAAGCAGCAGCAAGCAACAAGAUUCUUCAGAAGCCCGAAUUGCGGCAGCUGUGUCAGUCAUUUUGCAAGAACUGCUAAGCAGUUCUUCAAGCAGCAGUGGGGUUUGCCAUGCGUAG